CGAAGUUGAGGCUCCGCGAUUGGAGACAGGAACAGCGGUUAGCACCCACAUUUGCCUCGAUUUAGUGUUCACCUGGGUUUUCCCUGGACCAAGAAAGGCUGUGGCGAGAAAUCAAGUGUUAAAGUCAACGGAAAAGCUUCUCACUGAAUGGGCUUGUUCAGUACAACCUCGGGUUCCAGGGGUCUUACCAUUGCUUUAAAGGAAGACUGAGAAGAAUCACAGGUUUCAAACUGGCUGUGUAUGGCCCAUGCUCCUAUUAGAAACGGUAGCCAUAUUGGAUGUGUUUCCACUUUGCUGAGAAGUUGAUGCUAAACCAGUAGAAAGACAGCCAUAUUUGAACUCUAUCUUGUUGACCCCUGUUGACCUUAGGAUGUAGCCCUCCUUGUGAACAGAGGAUAACCACACAGUUCUUUCCUGUUAUUGCCUUGUCUGUGACAGUCGUCUAGUCGAGUUGCUGUGACAACGUCAACCCCGUUUGGGGCACAAUCUAGGAAGUGAAGUGAACAUUCCAUCAUGGUUGCAUUUGAAGGAAGACACCAAGUCUCGCAAGAAACUCUGAAAUCCAAAAGUGAUUCAUGUAGCAUGAUCUCUGAGGUGCACAGCCGUGCUGCUAUGGAUUACUGCAGAAAGACUCGAAGUUUACAGCAAGACUGUCGCAAAGCUCGAACGCAGUUGCACCUCUGUCCAUGGCUACUUAUGUUCUUGUUAGCUUUGUUAUUUGGCAUUGCUAGCUCUGCUCAGAUUGUUUCCAAUGACAUAGACAGUGUACACAUAGAUUCUCCGGCCAACAAGGAAGAUGCUGUGAAAGUGAAUUGGGGUGUAGCAGACACCUCGGCGGCUGUUGGAAAGGUUUUUAACUUUCAUAUACCACAAGAUGCUUUCCAGGGCAACGUUCACUCAUACACGGUAGUAGAAUCUGGGAAAAAUGCCCUACCAAGUUGGCUUACCUUUGACACAGAACUGCAAGCUCUCCAAGGGGUACCUGGUCCAUCCGAUAAAGGCCAGUACAACUUAGAAGUCAUUGCUCACAAUGAUGACACACUGUCCAAAGCUACAGACAUCUUCUCUUUGGUUGUUAAAGAUGAUAGUCCUCAUGUGUCAAGCAGUAAACCAUUGAAGUCCAUGGGAAAGACAGCGGCCAAAGCAGUCAAUUGCCAGCAAGGUGAUCCAGUAACCAUGGUUACCAUUGUUGUUGAUACUGACUUAGAUCAGCUUUUACCAAUAUCAAAAAUUGACCUGGCCAAUAAACUCACCUCUCAUUUAAAUAUCGCUGCUGAAAUGUUGAAAAUGGCUCCAGUUGGUGACCAGGACAAGUUUGACACUUCUGCCCUUGUAGCAGGUCCAGGAGAUGCAAAAUCCUCAAAAUUUUCUGGAGCUUUUUUCUCUUGGCUUGUUGGCUGUGGAAAAGUAGAGCCUGAUCACAUGCCGGUUUUACAACAGGUUGAGACAACAUCUGCAAAUGGUGAAAUGUCCACUGCCAUUGGCCAUGGGAUUGUUGGUUGGCACGUAACUAACAGCAGACUCAAACCCACAGUGAAACGAGUCCGUCGUCAAGUCCGUGCCACAGCGACGCCAAGCAUCAUACUAGCACCACCUUCUAAGCUUCCAGUAGCCACCAUCACCUCUACAGACAAAGGGAUGGGUGUCGAUCCCAAAAUGACAAGAGUGGUACCAAGUAUGGUAUCUCCUACAUUCAGUGUUGUGCAGCCAACCGAAAAAGCACCAGAAAUUAAACCCAUGUCUUCUAGAGAGAGACCUCCCAAAGCUAGUGCCACUGCUGCUGAAAUCCAACCAACUCGAGUUGUGGAUAUGGAGGCUACCAAAACUGUUACCACUGAUGAUGGCAUAAAAACAAUUCCGGACAGAAUGUACACCGACAAACCGGAGAUGACUAGAUCUGAAGUUCUGGAACCCUCUAUGGUUAUGCCAGGAGAAGAAAAGACGAAAAAGACAGAUAUGCUUCCAACUACUACAGAGAUGACACAAGAACCAACAGGAGAUACUCGCCCAACUGGAGCAACCCAAGUGCCAACUGUACUCACCACUACCAGAGCUCCAACCACAAGACCCACUCCAAGACGAACGCCCAGACCGAAGACACCUCCCCAGCCUGUGCAUCCAUUCCCAUGUCCAAAUGAUGGAAUUGACCGAAAUCCUGAUGUGUGGGAGAGAAUUGAGCAUGUUAUGAUCCAUGAUGGGGAACACCUCCGCUUCAAGAUUCCAGAAAAUGCCUUUUACGACUGUGACGAUGGAAAUACCAGAUCACUUGUGAUUGACGUGGUCACAGAUACAAAGGAAGUCAUCAAGGAUAAAAUAAGUUGGUUGCGUUAUGACCAGAAGAAACAACUCCUUGUUGGACUGCCAUUGGCAGAAGAUAGGGGAGUCUACAAGUUGUUGGUGAUUGGAAGAGAUUCUAAGGGGGCUGUCGUAAGGCAAAACUUUAAUAUUGAAGUUCUUUCCAGCAAGAUGGACCGUGAAGUUAAUCAUGAAUUUGCCUUCACUAUAGACUAUGACUAUGAUAAAUUCAUGUCUGAUCCUCGAAACAGAAUUGACCUUGCAAACAGAAUUGCUCGAUUAUAUGGUGAUAAGAACCCUAAGAGGAUGACAGUUACCAAAAUUGAAAGAGGAUCCGUGGUAUACUCUUGGACCAAUAAUUCACUGCCCACCGAUGGUUGCCCAGUAGAGGACAUUGUUGAUCUGAUGGGUAAAUUCCUGACCAAAAAUAUGACCCUUACUGAGGAAGCAAAAAGAGCCAUGGGUCCUUACACCAUCACUCAAGCAGCUGCUGUUCCCCAAGGUAGUUGUGCCAAUGUAGAUUUUGAUGAACAGUUUCUUGCUUCGGAAAUAAAACCAAAAGCCACUCCACCUUACCAGACUGUUCCAUCACCUGAGCCAAAGCCUGAAGGUGGGGACGAUGAUGAAGUUGAUACAUCAAAGGAUGAUGAUGACAGUGAUGAUAUAUAUAUCACAACUGUUGUCCCUGCUGUGGUCAUCGUUGCCAUUUUAUUCAUAGCCCUUAUCAUUGCCUGCUGUUUGUACAGAAAAAAACGCAAGGGUAAAAUGAAUAUGCAGGACCAUCACACUUUUGUUAAUAAGGGUAUUCCAGUAAUAUUUCCUGAUGAACUUCAGGACAAACCUUCAGAUUCUUCCAAGCCUCUUAUCAUGGAGAAAGAGAAACCUCCAAACCCACCUCCAGGAUACCGAAGGUCUUCCAGUGAGAGCCCAGGCUCCACACCACCAUCUAAUCACAAAGAUCAUGCAGCAGCCACAGAUGAUCAAGAGAUGGACGAGAAUGAUGUGACCUCACCACUGUAUAGACCACCCCCACCUGUAACAGCCUCUAGUGAAAAUAAACAACCCAGGCCACACGUGCAACCUGCCUACAGAAAUCCUCCACCCUAUGUGCCCCCUUAAGACUCUUUGUACUCUGUGCGGAGAUUUUCAGUGGAAUUCGCCAUCAGACUUGAGUGAAAAUUUCCUCCUUAUACUAGAGGGUGCUGUAUGUGAAAGUCUCUCCAGAAGAAAGGUUCUAUUUCUUGUCUUAUUUGAGCAUUCUUGGCUUUCUGGUCUGUGGAUUUACCAUUUUUCUUGUCAAGAAGAAAAGAUGGGAGAGAGAAGUUACUAGGACUGCUACACUGUAGUGUUUUAUGUCAAAAAAGAAAACUGCUGUGUGUACAAAAGUGCUGGUAAAGGAAUCCAGUGCGGAGCUUUGCGUGCACAUACUGAAAGCUAUGCAAACUGAGACGGUUUUGAAGGUGUUUCUUUGCCGUCAUAAGUAGGUAAUUCGAUUAUACAUUACCCAGUGUACCAAAUGCACACGUCCUUUCAAGGUUACCACAAUUUAAUGAUUUAAAAUUACAAAUCAAGAAUCUGUUAUCUUUGGAAGAUUGACAGGUUGCAGAUACAGGUUUUUCCCUUGUGCUUAGUGUAGCUAAUAUAAUGUUCCUUUAUCCAAACUAAUAAAAGUUUACUGAUAUGCCUUAGUGGCUGAGUGGUGCAUGCAUCUUCCAGUAAGACAAAGUUGUAUGUUUAGAUCUCACCUCUAAGUAGAGAUGAUUUUCUUUUUGUGAAAUGAAGCAUAAUUUACAUGUAUAUUCAGACAGAAUUUGUCUGUAGUUUAUGACUGUUUUACUACUGUAUAAUGAAAUCAUUUCCUACACAAGCUAAUGUAAUUAUUCCCCACUCUCUUGAUUUUACCCUUCCAUUAGCUACAAGAAUGUUUUUAUCUGACCUUUCCACUAUUUCCUGGCUCUUUCUAGAAAAUGGUGUGGGGAAUGUUUUAUAAGCAUUUAGAGUAUCAUUUAGAUCCAAAACUCCUUUUUUAUUAGUUUUAUGGGUCUUGCUGCAAGAUCCUAAUUUUCCUGGUAUUAUUGAUACCAAUUGAUAUUAUGCACUUUGUUCUUUGUGUAAUGGUUUGUUUAAGGUCUUAAAAUCUAUAGCUGUAAUGCGUUUCUCAGCAAGAAUGUGGAUCCAGUGUGAAACUUGAUGUAUGCUUGAUUUUUUGAAACUAGGACUAUGAAAUUGAUUUUAAAGCAAUAUGGAAAUAUGUUUUACUGAUGUUGAUGAUACCUUUUAGUGUAAGGGUUCAUGUACAAUAUCAUGUUUUUUUUUAUUAUUUUAGCCCUUCAGGUACAUCAAUGUGCAUUUGAAUAGUUUAGGGAGUAGCUGAAUCUUUUUUCUUUUGUUGCAAAAACUUGUACACAUACCUGUAUUAGAACACAUGAUGUGUUCAGUUCUGAAGUUGUUUAUGCUACUGUUAUGGAAGCAGAUAUGUUCAGAAAAAAAAACUUCGGGAUAACAGUCCCAGCUGUAUAUAGCUUGACAAGUGACCCUUAGUUUAGAUGAUAGCCUAGCUAGAUAGAAAAACACUCGUUUCAGAGCAACAGCUAGUCUGUCCAUCUGUAUUGUGUAGUAACUGUUUGUUGUGGACUAGGAUUAUUUAUGAACUCUGAUGAUCACUGCAUGUGCCAAUACUUGCCCUUUUGGAUUGGAAGUCCCCAUUCAGAUUGCCUAGCUCAGAAAUCAAUUCUGUGCUUGAAUUAAAUUAUGAUCUGUCUAUCUCUACCUGUAUUGUUAUACCAAAAUGCUGACAAUGGGUGGAGUGCUCAUAUGUGACUGUAAAAGUGCUACUUGGUGACUUGCAAAACGAUAUAACUGUAAUACAGCAAACUGUGUGGAGAAUCAUGUGGCUUAAUGUGUGUUGAAGAACAUCCACAACAUAUUGAAGGAUUUCUUAGCAAUGUCACUCUGAUGGGUGACUGCCAACCAUGGGGUUUUUAACUGUCCAUCAUCAAUAUUAUAUGUUGUUAACCUUUGUGUCCUUGUGUACCUCAAGCAUUGUAAUUAUUAUUAUAAUAAGAAUUCUACUAACUUCUUGAUUGUGUUUUGUUCAUGCAUUGUCUUUAUGUAUAUCAGACAGUUUUUUUAAUCCCGUGAACAAAAGGGGACCUAUAACCAGUGGUCACGUUUAUACAUUAUUAUUUUUUUUUUCAAAUUACACAAUCAUGUUACCAUUAGGUGGAAUUGAACAAUCAAAGCUGAAUUACGUUCAGGAAAAUUAGUAAAUCAUUCUUGGGAUACUUAGAUUACACCCAGUGCAUGUCAGUCCAGUGGGAGAUUUAUCAGACACCACAUCAUCCUCCACCUAUAGCACUGAAUGUUGCUAUUUCGGAAAUCAACACUAGCCAGUAUUAUGCAUGUUAUAUGAGAUUUACAUUGCACACCUGCUCUGUGGUCAUUACGGGGAAAACGUAUAUGAAGAUCCAUGUUGGAAAAGAUAUUGUUAAAACAAAUACUGUACUGUACUGUGAAAUGGUGGACUAUCUGGAAUCCUGAUAACUAUCCAUUGUUCUAUGUGAAUUGAAAUAUAAGGACAAGUGUAUGUAGUGUGCAAAAGCUGGGCAAAUGUUGUAUUACAGAUAGCCUAAAUCGUGCUCUGGAGUGCCUACCUCAUCUUCCUCUAGUCAAAGACAAUUACCACCCAAGCCUCUAGGAUCGGUCCCAACUUGAAGGAGAGAAUAUUUCGAACUGAACAUGCCUGGAUAAUCUGUAAACUUUCACACAUAAAGCAUGAACACCCAAGUCCAAUGCUUUAUUUUGGCAUAUGGUGUCAUGCAAGUUUUUUUUUUAAUAAAAAGAAGAAAAGGCCCCAAUAUAAACAUAAAGUAUCAGUUUUAAUUCCAAUUUUCUUCCUUGGAAAUCGUGGUUAGUGCUAGCUCACAAUCAUGAAAAAGAGCAUCAUGUGUGAUUAGAAUUUUUUUUCAGUAUGUUCUCUUUUUUUCUUAUAUGGGUAUGUAUAGACAUGGAUAAAUAUUGAGUCGUAUUACAUAUUCUGCUCAUGGAUAUUUUAAUUGUUACCCAUGCGUGUCAAAUACUUCAGAUAUACUUUUUACUCUUUGCACCCCUGAUUACGGCCAUCAGGUACCUGUAUGGUAUGCUCUAAAUAGAUCGGUUAGGUGCCUCGGAAGACUGAAGAAGUACUAAAUUCUAUUUUGAAAACGAAAGUAGACUACCAACUGUAUCUGCCAUCAUCAGAUAUACACCUGAAACGAAGCACUGUCUCUGAUAUGUCAUCAAACAUGUAUAUUAAAGGCAGGAUCAUUUAUUGGUAACUGUUUCUUCUUAAAUAGUACCCCCCCUCAAUUUUAACAAUAUGGCUGCCUCGAUCAUCGGCUCCAGUCCAGUCAAUAUGUAUACCAAGUUAGGAGAUUGAAUAAACAUUUUGGUCAUUCUAACAUA